GGAUUGCUUGUCGAGUAGAUUUUCCAAUAUGAACCACCGCAUAGCAGGGAAAGCCGCGCGGGCAGUCUUUUCACGAAAUGUUCGGAGUGUGGUCCCGUUGCCUCGGAUCAGCUCAUGUGUCCGCACACUUGCGACCUCCGACUCUGAACCCAAGCGGGAUCUGGACACCUAUUAUGGGUUACACUCCCUCGACUUGAAGGGCGAACCCCUCGACAUUCCCCUCCUCCCGACCCCGAAACCAACACACCACGCCCUCGCCUGCACACUCCACCUCCAAGGAUAUAUGCCUGACCACCUCGAUUUCGUAGCACACUUUUGCCGACAUUCAGCCCACGCGAUGCAAAUGCCCUGCAGCGAGACAAUCCAUCUCCCUGUGCAGACGAAAAAGUGGUACGUGAUCAAAGGCCCCUUUGUGCACGCCAAGACCAAGGAAGUGUUUGAGCAGAAAAAGUACGUGAGAGCCCUACAAGUCUUUGAUGCGAGUGAGGAAAGUGUCAAGGAGUGGAUAGCGUAUAUUGUCAAGAAUGUACCGGCGGGGGUGGACGUGCAUGUGGAGCGACAUGUCCGAUCGACGUUGGAGAGUGAGGCACCUCUUGUGGAUAUUGCGAAUGCAAAGAGGGAGAUGACGUUCCAAGAGCGGGUGGAACAAAAGGCAAGCGAGUUUGUCGCUGGAUGGACGCGGAAGGCGAAAUAGGAUGUAUAACGUCUGGAUCGGCGAGAUGACACUACAUACACACAACAAGUAGAUGAUGAGUAAUAAUAUUAUUUCUGCAUUGUAUAUGUUAGCGGUGAUUUGGG